AUGUCUUCUGAUUCAAAGCAAGCUCAAUGGGGCGUCACCCCUCCUAUUUCAGAAGCUGGUCCUACUGCCGCAGAAAACGCGCUCAAUGAUCUACUGAUUGAAGAACUUAAACGACAAGGAUCUUUUGAGUCUAAAGCCGAAACUGAAAAACGUGUUGAAGUGCUUAAGCUGCUACAAGAACUCACCGUCGAGUUUGUUCGACAAGUCAGUCUGCAAAAGCACAUGACUGAGGGAAUGGCUAAAGCCUCUGGUGGGAAAAUCUUCACUUUUGGCUCCUACAGACUGGGUGUUUACGGCCCUGGCUCUGAUAUUGAUACCCUUGUGGUUGUUCCCAAGCACGUGUCUAGAGAAGACUUUUUUACCGUUUUUGAAAAACUUUUGCGCAAACGACCCGAACUUGACGAAAUUGCAUCUGUUCCUGAUGCAUUCGUCCCAAUUAUUAAAAUCAAAAUGUCUGGAAUCUCCAUCGAUCUUAUUUGCGCAAGACUCGAUGUCCCAAGUGUCCCUGCAGAUCUUACCCUUGAGGAUAAAAACUUGCUUAAAAACAUUGACGAAAAGGACCUCAGAUCCCUUAACGGUACUCGUGUUACAGAUGAAAUUCUUCGCCUCGUACCCCAGCAAAUUGUCUUCAAACAUGCUCUCCGUGCCAUCAAACUAUGGGCUCAAAGAAGAGCUAUUUACGGAAACAUUAUGGGCUUCCCAGGUGGUGUGGCUUGGGCUAUGCUUGUUGCCCGGAUAUGUCAGCUCUAUCCUUAUGCUGUUUCGGCUACCAUUGUUGGAAAGUUUUUCCACAUUUUAACUCGAUGGACUUGGCCACAGCCGGUCCUUCUUAAACCUAUAGAAGACGGCCCUCUUCAGGUUCGUGUCUGGAACCCUAAGCUUUAUGCCAUGGAUCGUUCCCAUCGUAUGCCAAUCAUCACACCUGCUUACCCAUCUAUGUGUGCCACACAUAACAUUACUAGUUCCACCCAGAAAGUCAUAAUGGCUGAACUUGUACGUGGUGGCCAAAUUAUGGACGAUAUUAUGGUUGGAAGAAAGUCUUGGGCUGAUCUGUUUACUAAGCAUGACUUUUUUCACAGAUACAAGUAUUACCUAUCUAUUAUUGCUGCUACAAAUGGCACUGCUGAAGACCAUCUCAAGUGGUCGGGUCUCGUCGAGAGCAAACUGCGUUUACUUGUGCAAAAGCUGGAACUUUUGGGCACUAUCGAAAUCAGUCAUCCCUUUGUCAAGUCUUUUGAUAAGACAUUUCUGGUUUCUGAGGAUGAAGCAACAAAAGUUGCUGAUGGCCAAGUAAUACCUGGCUUGGAACCUCUUCCAAAGGAAAAAAUUAACAUGACGCCUGAGCCUGGAAAAACUAUUGUGCAUACUACUGUGCUAUAUAUUGGUCUCAAGAUUGUAUUAGAAGGAUCAUCAAAACAACUCGAUAUCAAAUGGCCUUGUCAAGAAUUCUUUGAAGCUUGUAAAUCUUGGACCCAUUACAAUGAAAAUACCUACAACAUUUACAUAAAAAACGUUCGAAACUACGAUCUCCCAAACGACGUUUUUGAAGAGGGCGAACAGCGUCCAGAAAGAUCAGCCAAGAAUAAGAAUAAAAAAAAUCUCAAGAGAAAAAGGGAUCUUAAUGGUCAGGUAUGCCGCGAAUCUGUUCCUGCCGUUGAUGCGUGA